CUGUGGGGCUCUGUUAAAGACAGUGGGGCUGCGUGGUAAUAGCUGGUCAUUUUAGCCACUGGCCAUUUGCGUUAGGUGGAACAAUGGGUCAGUAAAGCACCCCACAACGUCUGGCUGCUUGCAGAAUCAGUUUUCCGUGGGCCCCUCGAUCAUAUGAUGAGCUGAGUUUUACCGAUGCAGAAUGAGGGCGCAGCUCACCAUGUGACCAGUAGAGUGUGCAGACAGCAAAGCACAUGGUCACACUCGCCCCAACUUCUCCGGGCGGUGACGAAUCCCAGGGAGAAUUGGCGAGCCUGGUUUCAUUACAUGUAAGCAUCAGAACGUCUAGCGGAGGGUGGGGAGAAACUACAAUUACCAGCACCCCUUUCGGUCUGCUUCCUGCUUGCGCUAUGGCGUCGUUGAGUAAUUUUGCGUCGCCGCCAUCUCAUGCCUGCUAAAAAGAAGAGAGCUAGGAACUUAAUAGUGUAGCUUGUCUCGUUGUCAGAUAGGGGAAGGUGGAUGUAUAAUAUUUUUUGUCUCCUCCAGCUGAAAACGAGAGCUGCCCUUGGUAAUUGACAGUGAGAUUCAAGAUUUCAGCGUAGUUGUUGACUGAGAAGCAGAACCAGAAAGUAUGCAGAGAGGCAGCAGCUGAUGCUGUAAACACGGGGCUUCUGUGCGCAACUUUUCUGAAGUGCAGCUGAUAGGGGCACAAUCCAAUUAACAUGCCACUGAUACUGAAACCCGAGGCGCGUUUUAUGUGGUGGACUUUGGGCUGGAAAUUUAAGGCAGCCUCAUCCCUGGCUCGCUGCCUCCAACCUUCAUUCAGUGACUCUACAUUGCAAGGCUGCUGAAAGCCAUGCUCCUCUGUAAUAUUGGACUGUACUGGCAUUGGCAGGGCACUCUUUUAAAUUCCACGCGAAGUAAAGCCUGAAUUACUGACUUGUAUGCAGAAGAGUUGCACUGUUAAAUGUUAAAGCAAGUCUAAAAUACCGGAAGUAGAUCCCUGUGUGUCACUCUACACAGUGAAGUCUAUGUUAGCUAGCGAGUAACACUCUCGUUCCCGCCGCUAGGUGGAUGUUGAAGCAAAACUACCAUAACCAUCAUGCCCUGCGGCCACGGGAAGGGGGCGGGGACUAGGACACAUGCGCAGAACGCUCUUUCCUUGUUGCUAUGGGAGCCCAGAGCACUGCAGCUGCCGGGAAGAGGUAGAGUCCGCGUUCUCUUUUGUUCCUCCGCUGCGACUGCGGCAUUUUGGUACCUGUCGCGACUCUUUCCCGGCUGGGGUUUGCGCUGGCGGCGGCGUUGCCUCUCGCGUGCUAAAGAUGCCCCGGGAGACGGCGAGGGAGUCAGCGAGGCCUCCGCCUGGGAGGAUGUCGCGGCCGCAGAUCAUCCACAGCGGCCACUUCAUGGUGUCGGAGCCCCACGCCGACCCGGACCCGGACCCCGAGGCGGCUCUGAGCCAGCCAGGUCAAGGCGCCCCGCCGAGCGCGGCGGAGCGAGUGAGAAAGGCUGGCUCCGCGCGGAAGACCGCGGCCGGGAAGGCUGGUGACGGGGCCCAGCUGGCCGCCGCCACCGCCGCCUACGACUUCGACACGGUGAACGAGGCCGCGUGCCUGUGCUACCGCUACGGGCCUCGAAGCAGCGGAGCACUCAGCAUCGACCCUUCGCUCACGAAGCUCUUCGAGUGCAUGACGCUCGCCUACAGUGAGAAACUUGUCUCUCCCAAAUGGAAAACCUUCAAAGGGCUGAAACUGCUACAGCGGGACAAGAUUCGGCUCAAUAAUGCCAUCUGGAGGGCCUGGUAUCUGCAGUAUGUGGAGAAGCGGCAGAACCCAGUGUGCAGUUUUGUGACCCCACUAGAGUGCAGUGAUGUAGAUGUGCACCGCAAACCUGAGGCUGUCAUCAUGGAAGGAAAGUACUGGAAACGCCAAAUUGGGGUUGUCAUCAGGGAAUAUCACAAAUGGAGGUUGUUUUCCUAUACCCAGGCUUCAAAGAAGAUGGAUAAACCCGUCUAUGGUUCUGCUCAGGAAGUAGCUGAUGAUGUUCCAAGGGCAGAGCUGAAAACGGAGGGAACAGAUGGAAGCCCCAUGGACCUUGACCCCUUGCAUGAUCUGGAUGCACUUCUGGACACCUUCAUUUCUAGCCGCAACCCUUAUGGUGGCCCCAACCUCCGUGGCCUUGCUCACCAGGGAAAUGCGGAUAUGAUCCAGCCCACCCUGACCCAACUGCACCCCAUCUUUGGGGAGGAGUUUAUGGACUUGGACCCCAUUCAAGAAUUCAUCACUUCCUGUCGUUCUCAGCCCAUGAUCCAGGCUCCUGCAGUAACGGAUGCUAGUGCCUUGAACCAGUGCAACCCAGAUACGCCUCUCAUUGCCCCUGGGACCAAGGAUCUCCCACCGCCUGGAGACUCUCUCAACCCCAUUCCCAUCUCACUGGAUGUGGAGCCGCCUAUACCUUUGAAUGGACAGCAGACCUUCCUGCCAUUCUUCCCCACCUCCCCACUGAGGACCAGCCCGCCGCCUGUCUCUCCCAUCUUGCGCAUGCAGCCUCAAACCACUUUGGUCUUCUCUGUCAUCACGCACACAGGAUCAGAAACAAACUCCCCGUCUAUAUUUCGGGACACUUUUGCUGUGCCAGUCUCUGCUCCUCCACCUAAAGAUGGGAAAUGCAGACACCUGCAACGGAUUGCUCCAGCACCCUUCUCUAGCCAGCAGCCAGCCCUUCCCAGUGCUCCGCUCCCCUGCCUGCUUGCAACUGGUCCUGCCCCACUGCCCCUCACUCCAGUCAUGAAUUCUGUGCAGGUAAGGAUGCUCUCCUCUGCCACCUUCCUUCUGCGAGGCCUCCUAUCUCUAUUCUGCUUUUUCCCUCUGGAGUUGACAGGCGUGGUAUUUUUCUCUCUUUCUAUUUGGCUGCUCUCUCUUUCUCUCAACCCUGCUUUUCCUCUCCCACAGGUGUGUGGCGUCCCAAAGCCCCCUGCAAAUAUGCUGAACUCGUUCUCGGCAACAGUGAAGUCUCCUCGUCUUGCCUCUGCUGCUGCUGCUUCCCCUGACACUGGUGCCAAAACCAAGGAGAGAGCUGAGGACAACACUCUCUGCAAACCCCAGGAAGUGGACAAAUGCUGUACUGCCAAGGGAAGGCGCAGAUCAACACUUGCCUCGGCUGACUAUGCCCGCCGUAGGGUCAUCAGCUCCGGCUUCAACACUCUUGCCACUCUGGUGUUGACAGGACCUGAUCAAAGCAGCACUAAGUUCAGCAAAGCGAUGCUCCUGCAGAAAAGUGCGGCACAUGUGGAAAGACUGCAGCAAGAGCGCCGACAAGCUCAGGAGACAGUUGAAAGACUACGUGGGGAAAUCGAAGAGCUGAGCACUGCCAUUGAUGACUUUCAGCGUCAGCUUCCACCUACGGGAGCUCCUGUGCUGCCACCACAGUCGGAUCAGGCUUCUCAACUUUAUGAAGAGUAUGUGCGCAAGCGCACCUUGCAGGACUGGCGCUUCUGGCUUUUCAGCAUGGUGAUUAAGCCACUCUUUGAGAGCUACACCAGGACAGUGAGCACAGGCAACGUCAAGGAAUUCUGCGACUCAGUGCUGAGCUGGUUGGAGCAGCACUGCACCCUGCCCAUCUUGCGCCCUGCUAUCUCUGGCUCCCUCCUGCAGCUAAGCAAGAUCACAUCCAUAUUGACUCGGCCAAGCCAAUUGCGUGAACAAGCCCUGCAAGCGGUAGCUGGCCCUCCACAUUGCAAGAGCAACAGUUAGGAUGAAGACCAGGUCCAGGGCUAUAUGGACAUCCUCACACACUACCAGGAAAGCCAGCAGCAGGGACCUCUAUCUCAGGAAAUCAUUUGCCAUGCAAUCAAGAAGCUUAUGUUUGACAGUAUUGGGGUUUAGAUUGCCAGAGCAGAGAAUCUCAGUACAGUGGUACCUCGGUUUGCGACUGCAAUCUGUUCCGCGGAGCCGGUCGCCC